AUGGGAAAAUCAGUCUUUGCCACCGAUUACUAUGGCCGACAUGCAUCCUUCCUUAUAUUACUUCCAUCCAAUCUCACUGCCUCCGAUUUUGCAACCCUCUCCGUUAUCGCCGUCGUUCUACUCCUCUCUCUCGUCUCCCUCUUCUGCAUCUUUCACCUCCGCCGCAAAUCCCGAGCUUCCCUUCACCUCCGGAGUUUCAACAGCCUCUGGGCCGUCCGUCUGCUCCUCGUUGUCUUCAUCUCAUGUUGGGCUGCUAACGAGAUCCUCCGCCUCCCCUUCAUACGCCAACGUUUCCUUUUCCCUUUCUUGUCAUCCUUAACCUUCUCGAAACAAGACAAUUUCUGCAAACUCCAAGUCGUGCUUUCUCUUGGUUUUCUCGAGCCUGGUUUUCUUGUUACUCUACUUUAUCUGAUCAACGUCUCCAUCAAGCAGCGGAAUCCGGCCAAAAAAUGGUCUGUUCUCAUUGUUAUCGUAAUGAGUCUACCACCGUUGAUUCUGCAGAUACUCUUCUUGUUCUUUACGCCAUUGAAGGAGCAAUUGCCAAUGGUUAUGACCCGAACUUCAUUGUUUUCUGUCGACAGUUUCGGGAACAAUAGGAUGAUUUGCACGUUCCCAUUACUAAGCAGUAUCUCGUUUUGUGUCUUUGCAAUCAUAUACUCGAUGGGGUUGUUGGUAUCUUGUUGGAAGGUGGUUUCCAUGGUGAUCAAUAAAACCAUUAGGGUAAGAAUUAACAUGCUUGGCCUGACGGUGAUGAUGGCACUCUUGAUUCAGACGUUGUUUCUAGGGGCGGAGUCGUUAUGGAUGCGGGAAGAUAUUGGUUUUGAUGGGGUUUCAUUGGGGUUGAUUGUGAGCGUGGCGGUUUCUGCUGCCGUUGGGGAGAUUGUUUUGGUGAUUAAGCCCAUUAUGGAAGCACUGGAAACAGGAAGCCAUUGCUCCGGCCAGUUGAAUCCUUGGUUACAGCAAGCGGCAGAGGGCGGAGGUGGGUGGCCGUGGGCGGCAAAGAGACCAUUACCAACCGGUUGA